UCAGAGCCUUCCCUUAAUUGUUGAAAUAGUCUUAGUGCCCAAACUGAGGCAGUCGAUUGACUAACUGUUUACCGUUUUAGUUUUUGUCUAAACUGAAUUUAUCACAUUUGAAAUGGACGCAACCGGAAUGGACGAGACCAAAUUAAUUGAGUGGAAUAGCUCAACUACACCAAUGCUACUACAACGGAGCCAAAUUAGCCAACCUACGUUGCUGGAUCUUAAUUUUCGUGAUCUGAGCUACACCACUGGGAAAGGUGCAAGUGCAAAGACAAUUUUACACCAAGUGAGUGGCACCUUUAAGUCUGGCCAAUUGAUUGCCGUAUUAGGGCCGUCUGGAGCAGGGAAAACUUCGCUCAUGAACAUUUUAGCUGGCGCAAAGAAAACCGGAGUGGAAGGCCGAGUGGAGAUUAAUGGCUCUGAACGGAAUUUAAAAACAUUUCGCAAACAGUCGGCGUUCAUCACACAAGAGGAUCAUCUACUGCAAGAUUUAACUGUCGAAGAGUACGUGUUGGCUGCAGCUCAUUUGAAAUUGGGAAACGGUGUCUCUGAAUCAGAAAAGAAAUCGACAAUAGAACAUGCCAUGAAAAUAUUAGGGCUGGCAGAUAGCCGGCAAACCCGCGUUUCCCAUUUAUCUGGAGGUGAAUGCAAACGACUCUCCAUCGGACUGGAAAUCAUCAAUAAUCCAUCCAUUUUAUUUCUAGACGAACCAACCAGUGGAUUGGACAGCUCUUCUACCGUGCAUUGUGUGGCGUUGCUGGGCGAAAUUGCUAGGAGUGGGCGAACAGUGGUCACCACCAUCCAUCAGCCAAGUUCGCGAUUGUUGGGAUACUUCGACCACCUGUACAUCGUGGCGGGUGGAUUUUGCAUUUAUCAAGGACCCGUUAGACAUUUGGUACCUUAUUUCCAAUCAAUGAACUUGAUCUGCCCCAGUUACCACAACCCAAUCGAUUUCGCGAUGGAUGUCGCUUGCGGACAAUACGGAAUCGUGCUCGCAGAUUUGGUUUCUGGUGUCAAAAACGGUCGACUCAAUUUUCAAAACAGUUGUAAACCUAGUUCAUCAAACGAUACUCAAUUUUGCAAUGAAAUCGAGGAUGUUUCCAUUCCGGAAGGCCGGAAGAAAGGGGUCAAACGUCUAGGAAGAUGUAAUUACGCUGCUCCUUUUCAUACUCAAGUUAUUGUCUUGCUUGGCCGAACUUGGAGAACUAUAUGCAGGGAAAAGAUGCUAACUACAAUGCGCUUAGCCGCUCACGUCUUGAUUGGCCUUUUGGUUGGAAUGCUGUUCUGGUUUAUUGGGAACGACGCAAAUGCCAUCCUAAGCAACGCGGGAUUGCUCUUCUUCAACCAACUUUUCAUUUUGUUUACCUCCUUGACGCCGACUGUCAUUACCUUUCCGUUAGAAAGGAAGGUACUUUUCCGGGAACAUUUGAAUCACUGGUACAGCCUCAAAGCCUACUACCUCGCUAAAACGCUAGCCGACAUUCCUUUCCAAAUGAUUUUCCCUACUGUCUAUUUGGUGAUCGUUUACUUGAUGACCAAUCAACCAAUGAGCAUGGAUCGAUUCGGUAUGUUACUGGCCAUUACGAUUUGUAUGUCCUUGGUUGGACAAGGCGUCGGACUCUUAUUUGGAGCCGCUUUUAACAUCAAACUGGCUGUGUUCCUUGCGCUGUCCUGCUUAAUGCCGUUCAUGGUGUUCUCCGGAUUCAACGCCACAUACGACUCUAUUCCGGAUUACUUGAAAGGGUUGAUUUAUGUCAGUUUCUUUCACUACAGUUUCGAGGGAUCUAUGCUAUCCGUUUACGGAUUUGGCCGACCUUUUCUCGCCUGCUCACAAGUUUAUUGCCAGUUUCGUAAUCCUCAAAGGAUUCUCGAAGAGUUCAACAUGGAUCAGAGCUCUUAUUAUUGGUCUGUGAUAGGCCUGCUUGUGUUUUUCCUUGUAGUUAGAGUGGCGGGCUACUUCGCAUUGCGUUUCAAGUUGAAAAAUGUGAUGUAACUAACUUCCUAAUUACAAUAUCGUUGUGUAGUUCUCUUUUAUUUGAUAAUUAAAAGAAUAAUUGAAGAAA